AUGCCGGCUAUCUAUUGUAUGUCCUGCACAAAUCAACCAGGAAUCUAUCGCCUGUUUGUAUCCCAAACUGACAAUCGAGUUUCUGCUAGAACCAAAGCCGAUGAGCUGAUCAACUGGGGAAGACAAGGCUCCCUUUGGCCUUUGUCUUUCGGUCUCGCCUGUUGUGGAAUCGAAAUGAUGCAUACUUCUAUGCCGCGCUACGAUCAGGAUCGACUAGGAAUUAUUUUCCGAGCCUCGCCAAGACAGGCAGAUGUCAUGAUUGUGGCCGGUACAGUGGUCAACAAAAUGGCUCCAGCAGUGAGACAACUUUACGACCAAAUGCCUGAUCCUAAAUGGGUGAUUAGUAUGGGCAGCUGCGCCAAUGGUGGAGGAUACUACCACUACAGCUACAAUGUGGUACGGGGAGUGGAUCGCAUUAUACCGGUCGAUAUAUAUGUACCUGGCUGUCCACCGACGGCGGAGGCCCUACUUCAAGGUAUCUUCCUUCUCCAAAGGAAGAUGCGGAGAACGCCAGUGACGAGGAUGUGGUACAGGCGCUGA